CGAUGAGGUUGACGGCGCUCCUACGAUAACGCAGAUCCGCGCGAGAAUGCAUGCUGCGCCGUGAUGUAUAUGUAGAAGGCCUGGCGCAGCCUUCAUGCGGCCAUCAUCACUCAUCUAUUGAUUGUAAACUUCAAGCCUUGCAGCCCGCGACCAACCCAUCCUCGGACUCGAUCCUCAAAUCAGUGAUACGUCAUCAUCACUAAGCAAGAGCAGACGUUAUGGCACAAGGCUGGCGACAACUCAAUGUCGGUGUGAUCGGUGGCGGUAUUGGAGGAAUAUCCGUUGCUAUCGCUCUUCGCCGCGCUGGACACGAAGUCACCAUCUACGAAAAGCAUGAUUUCGCCGGUGAGGUCGGUGCAUCGGUUUCAUGCGCAGCAAACGGCACAAGAUGGCUGCACGAGUGGGGUGUUGAUAUUGAGAAGGGCGACCCUGUGGCACUGAAGAAGCUCAUCAACCGUGACUGGAAGACGGGCGAGCCGGUAUCCACAUUCGACCUCGAUGAUUACGAGGAGAAGUGGGGAUACGCGUAUAACAUGUUCCACCGACAGUACAUGCACAAGAUGUUGAAGGACUGUGCGCUGCAAGAGGAAGGAGAGGGGAUACCAGCAAAGCUGCUCGUAAACCACGCUUGUCAAGAUAUCGAUCUCAAGGCAGGCACAGUCACAUUCAAGAACGGCGUACAGGUCAAGCACGACCUACUCAUCGGUGCGGACGGUAUCGGCUCCGCUGUGCGUGGCAUUCUCGGGGUGCACCCAGCAAAGCGCCCCGCUGACUCAAGUUGCCUGCACGCAAACGUCAGCACCGAGCAAGCAGUCAAACUCGGUCUCGUAGACUACUCACAGAAUGCUGCUCUAGAGUACUGGGGCGGCCAAGAAGGGAAGUGGGAUAAGAUCGUUCUAUCGCCUUGCAACGGCGGCAAACUGCUCUCAUACUACUGCUUCUUCCCGCGAGAGAAGGGCGAUUACACAACACAAGCCUGGGGGGCUGAUGAUCGACCAGUCGAAGAGUUGCUUGCGCCCUACCCGGAGCUGGAUGCACAGGUUAAGGCGCACUUGGCAAUUGGUGUUGAGGUUCAGCCGUGGAGGCUGUGGGUCCACGACCCAUACCCGUAUCUCCAGAAAGGCAACGUUUGCUUGUUGGGCGAUGCAGGCCACCCGAUGAUGCCUCACCAGAGUCAAGGUGCCUGCAUGGCGAUCGAGGACGCCGCCGCCAUCGGUAUCAUCUUCAACAAGUCGUACUUCCAAGGCGACGUUCGCGAGGCCCUCGAAGUCUAUGAGAAGGUGCGCUUACCGCGUGCCACUCGUGUGCAGGCGGCGGCUGCAAAGGCUGCUUACAACAUCAACGAGCGCAUCGGGUUCUCCGCGAACAAGGACAAGUGCCCGUCGUACCAGGUUGAAGACGAGAAGAAGAAGCUCACGAUUGAGGAGAUGAACGCGUACGAUAUGUACAAGGAUGUCGAGGAGAAGUUGACGCAGGUCAGGGGCGAGAAGUUCCUUGCACCGUUCAUUGCCGGGUUACCAAUCGGCCUCGAGAUGCCCAACGGCGUGACUGUUGGAGCUUGAGUAAUCCUUGCUGUGAGCCAAGAUUGUGCGUUCUACUUUCCAUGUUACUUUAGCGUCAUGUCCAAAUUACAUAUCGGAACGCCAUUUUAGGUGGCAGCUGCUUUCAGGUCUUAGUCAGACAUGCAGCGUCAUCGUAGUUUUACAUAACCCGCGCAUCAUACGCACGCGUCUUCAAUGAAACCAGA